UGUCACCCGCCAUCCGACGCGUGAACUGCACUACUCAGCCGACUAGGCAAGAUUAUAGCAGAAAGAAUCUGCCAGAGGCCAGUCAGUCUUCAUGGACAUAGCAGUUCCUUUUAACCUAACCACCGAUUUCCUCAAUAUUCGGAUAUUUUUUUAUAUCACAUCGAACCAACGAUGGGACACUCUGCAUCUCGACAGAAAUUCAACGUGUGGGUAACCCUGGAGCGAGGGUCCUCUCUGGUGGACUCCAUCAAGCUCUCGUGCAAGGACUCCACCUGCUGCCUGAAGAGGAGGCGUACGGUCGCCUCCGUCAAGUUCCCCGUGGAAGGCUGGUCUUGCGUCGCGGGGAUUCAAGGCUGCCACGCCGAGGGCGAGCUGCGUGUGCCCUUGGCGAAGCUGUGCAAGAAAGACGGCAACGCGGUCGUCAGGGUGCAAUGCGCCUCGCUCCGGAAGCCAGUCUUCACCUCCUCCAUGCCGCUGGCGUGGCUGCUGGACAACAUCAGCGGCCUCCACUUCUCUCUCUUCUGUGACGACGGGCCCGCCUUCACCAGCCUCCGGUGCAACGGGAGGCGGUGUGGCGAGCCUGUCCGGGCGGUGAGCCCUGCACCGCGUGCGGCCACUGACGGGGUGGCCAGGACCGAUGAGGCUGAUGCAUGGGCAGCCUUUGAAGUGACGACCCAUGAUGACUGGUCCGUGGAGGCUGAUGAUUCAUGGUCAGCCCCAGAGUUGGUGACCUCCGCUGCUAGGGUCGAGGCUGACGAUGCAUGGGCAACCUUUGAAGCAAUGACCCGUGAUGACUGGUCCGUGGAGGCUGAUGAUUCAUGGGCAGCCCCAGAGUUGGUGACCUCCGCUGCUAGGGUCGAGGCUGAUGAUGCAUGGGCAACCUUUGAAGCAAUGACCCGCGAUGACUGGUCCGUGGAGGCUUGUGAUCCAUGGGCAUCCGCCGAAUUGGUGACCGCCAUCACUGAUGAGGCUGAUGAUCCAUGGGCAGUCUGUGAAGUGAUGACCAGUGAUGACUCGUCUGAUGAAGCUCAUGAUUCAUGGGCAGCCUUUGAAGCAAUGACCCGUGAUGACUGGUCCGUGGAGGCUUGUGAUCCAUGGUCAUCCGCCGAAUUGGUGACCGCCACCACUGAUGAGGCUGAUGAUUCAUGGGCAGCCUUUGAAGCAAUGACCCGUGAUGACUGGUCCGUGGGGGCUGAUGAUCCAUGGGCAUCCGCCGAAUUGGUGGCCGCCAUCACCGAUGAGGCUGAUGAUGCAUGGGCAGCCUUCGAGAUGAUGACCAGUGAUGACUGGUCCGUAGAGACUGAUGCCUUCCUGGAAAUCACGGCCAUCAGUGCUGUCGUUGUGUAAAUUGUCUUGCUUCACUAAGCAGCCUGGUAACACACUCACCAGUGACCCCCGGCGCAGGCGCGAGCCACACCGUGAGCCACACUCCCGGGGAGCGAGACACCCUUUAGUGACCGUCGCUCUUAUUACACCUGCACAGGAGGAGCUCCAGCUGUAUUUCUUAUCUUAUCAAUGAAA